AUGACGUAACGUUGUUUUUCCAGGAAGAGUACAGGGGAAAGCACUAAACUGCGUCAACAAAUUGAUUUCUUGAUACAUUCGGAUUUUAACGUCUGUUCAGCAUGGCAACUCGCCACUACUGAGUGAUUUAUGGCACUGUUCCUGGACGGAACCUUAUCAAGCAACAACAUGGACACAUCAAACUUUGCCCACGUCAUCUUCCAAAAUGUGGGCAAGAGUUACCUGCCACAUGCUGCCCUGGAGUGUCACUAUACUCUGACACAGUUCAUCAACCCAAAUCCAAAGGACUGGGUUGGCAUAUUCAAGGUUGGUUGGAGCACAGCGAGGGACUAUUACACAUUCUUGUGGUCGCCACUUCCUGAGAACUAUGUGGAGGGUACAGCAGUCAACAGAACUGUGGUCUUUCAGGGGUAUUACGUUCCCAACGAUGACGGUGAGUUCUACCAGUUCUGUUAUGUAACCCACAAAGGUGAGAUUCGUGGAGCAAGCACACCCUUCCAGUUUCGGGCCAACAGCCCUUCAGAGGACGAGCUGCUGACUGUGGAGGAUGAAUGCAAUUCUGAUAUUCUGGUGGUCACCACCAAGGCUGGCUUCCUUGAGCAAAAGGUGGAGGAAGCUCAGAGAGAGAAAGAUGAGCUGGUCAGAAACAUAGCUCUCCUGCAGCAGGAAAAGGAGCAGCUGGAAGCUGAAAAGGAGAGUCUGCAGAAAGAGUGUGAGCAGGAGAAAGAGACGUGUGGCCAGCUGAGAAGAGAGAACCAAGAGGUGCAGAAUUCUUCCCAGGCCCUGCAGGAGGAGAAAGAGGAGGUAAAGAGGAGACUGGAGGAAGCCACAGCCAGAGUCAUCCAGCUGGAGGAGGAUCUGAUUGGAGUCACUCAGAAGGGCUUACAAAAGGAAACUGAGCUGGACAGUCUCAAAGACAGAGUGAAGAAACUUACAGCAGAGAAGGAGGCACUCGAGUCUCAUCUCAAGAAUGAGAAAGAUGAGAAGGAACUUUACAAGAUUCACCUGAAAAAUCGGGAGCUGGAGAACACCAAGCUGAGUGCAGAGCUGCAGAUGUUGAAGUCAGUGGAUGUAAACAAGGAAAACACCAUUGCCCAGUUUAAAGACGAGGUGGGACGCCUGCAGACGUGCCUCACUGAGAAGGAGAAGCAGUACAGAGAGAUCCUCGCAAAAGUUUCUCCCUUGGGGGAUAUGAAGGCCCUGAAGGAGCAGCUGCGGCAGAAGGAGGAACAGCUCCAAGCGAACCAGCAGCAGUCCUCCCUGUUAGCUGCUGAGUUGCGGGAUGCCUCUAGGGCUCGUGACCGAACCAUGUCUGAACUCUACCACAUGAAACUGGAGGCCGAUGCACUUCGGCAGGCCAAGGCUGACGUUGAAGCCCAGUGCGUCCACCUAGAGCACCUGGUGGAGCAGAUGAAGGCAGAGGCGAAGCAGGAAGCAGCCAAAGCAGAGGAGGAAGCUGCUGCAGACCCAGCUGUUGUUGCAGAGCUCCAGAGAGAGGUGGAGGACCUGAAAAUGCGGCUGCACAUGGCUGCUGAACACUAUAAGGAGAAAUACAAGGAAUGUCAGCGACUGCAAAAACAAGUGCUUAAGCUCUCUGAGCAGCAAGGGGAGCUGAAGAGGAGCUCAACACAAGAGGCCUCAACUGUCCCUGCAUCUGGGAGUCCAGACACAUCAGUGCCAGGGAGUCCAGGCUCUGCUGAUCCCAUGCUGGAAGCCAUCAUCCAGGAGAAGCUCAAAGGCAUCAGCAGAGAGGCGUCUGACAGAAAUGACAAGUACAGAAAAUGCAAGCAGAUGCUGGUUGAGGAGAAGGAGCGUAGCGGCAUGUUAGCUGAUGAGCUGGCCAAAAUUGAGGUGAAAUUUAAGGAGCAGUUUAAGAUCAACGAAAACCUGAAGCUGCAGCUGGCAGCAGAGGAAGAUCGCUACAAGAGUCAGGUUGCUGAAAAGGGACGGGAGCUGAAGGAAAUGAAGGACACACUAGCACUUGUUUUGAAGGAGAAGGAAAAACUGGAAGGGGAGCUCCAGAAGGGCAGCUGCAGCAGGAAGGGAGAUCCGGGGUUUGGAGAGAAAAGCAGCUCAGAGAGCAACCAGCUCAGUGUGCCUUUAUUCCUGCAGUACGCCGUCCCGUACGCUCAGGAUGCUCCCACACCACUCCUGGUCUCUCAGAGCCCCAGCAAGCUGCAGUUUGGAAACCCUUACUCCAUGUCAGACUCAAAAGGCCUGAAUUGUCUCCCUGCAGAUGAGGCAGAUGAGGAGUUUUCAGAUGACCAGCUGCUCAGGCUGCCCCCUGUAGGCCCACCCUCUUGGGACAGCAAUGUAGUGUGUAUCCAACCCACCCGCAACCACAGUCGCCCAGAGGGCCAUGAGGAGUCUGAGGAAAAGCCAAACAACAACAAUGGUAAUACCAAUGAACAGACCGCAGCAACUGAAGCUCACAGCCCAUUUGUGAAUGAUGGACAAACAACCUUCUGCUUUGAUCCCAGCAUGGACAUGAAACGGUGUCCGCUGUGUGAGGUCAUCUUCCCGCCCAACUACGACCAGAGCAAGUUCGAGGAGCACGUGGAGAGCCACUGGAAGAUCUGCCCAAUGUGCAGCGAGCAGUUCCCGCUGGACUGCGACCAGAAGGUGUUUGAGAAUCACGUGCUCACUCACUUCGACGGCCACACGCUCAACUUUGAUUAGUAGACAAGAAAAUCAGCACAUCAGCUCUGCCUACUUCCUGUCAACCACUGAAAUAAAUCACUCUGCACUCUUUUCUGCAUGUAACAGUGUGAAGAUCCAGUCUUUAGGAUUAUAUUGACUUUGUUACUUCAACUUAGAAAUACUUUGAAGUGAUGUGACAUUUUAAAAAUAACAUUUUAUUUCAAUGUAUAUUGCAGGGGUAUUCAAUCUGUUUGCAAAUCAGACCUUUUUUUUUAGGUGCAGGAUUUCCCUUCACUUGGGUUUUGGAGAGUAAGUUAGGGGGUUAAGACUGUUCUGUACGUACACACAAUGACUUUAAACUCACUUGGCUCUCACAGAUCUGUUAGACUAUAGGGCGCAACGAAUCAGGGAAAGAGAUAAGUGUUUACCAAACUUUACAUUUAAAAACAUCAAACCAAAUGAUCCCCUCCACAAACAUCUCUGUAAAGCAGCCUUGGUGCACUAUAUGCAGUCAGGGAGAAACCUUCAGUGAUUAUUCUCAUCCACACAUGAUUAUACAGUAUAUGGUCAGAUCAUCUAUUUUAGAAUAAUUAAAGCCAAUGAUAUUGUGAAGCCUUGAUACUCUGUGUACUCUGAUUUGUUUGGUUAGGUUUCCUUUAUGUUUGAUUUUGUUUCAAAUUCAUUUAAUUGGUUUAUUUUGUCUGAAUCCUCAUUAUCAUCAGCUGAUCUGUGCAUGCCGAGCUUUUGUUCUUCACUUUUACCAGCAUAUUAAGUUAUUUCAUUCAUAGAGAAAACCCUUUCAUUUGUUCAGUGACUUUCAUGUAUCUAAUAUGUACUAAUAAAGUCUGUUUGAAACCA